UUCAGUUUGUAAAUUAAUCAAUACUUCAUCAUGCUGCUUCCACAGCCAAAGUCAACGGCCAAAAAGCCAAAAGGAGAGGCAAAGUCACUAGUUGCAAGAGAAAGGAAAUCACAACCUCAGGAUUCUGCACUGAUGGAAGUUCCGGCGAAACGAGAAAUGCCGAAGAAAGAGGUGAAGAAAAUUAGAUCGGUUCAUAAAGUGGAGAGUGUAACCAAAACGAAAUCAGCAAAACUCCGACGCAAGAAAAGCUACUCUUUAUCAUCAGAUAAUGAGUCAAAAUACAAGAAGAGCAUCAGCCCGGCGGCAUCGGAAGAAGCAUCGAUUGAAAAGAAGAAAGAAGAGAUGACUUCAAAGCUGCCAGAGAAAAGUGUCGCCAUGAAAACUGCGAACAGUCCAAAGACUUUUAAUAUGGAGUUGGCGAAGAAGUUCUUCGAGAUGAGAAUGAAGGAGAGCCAAAGGACUAGCAGAAUGGCGACUAAAAGUGAUUCGAGUCUUGAAACAAUGCCAGAGUCGAGCCACAACAGCGGACAAUCUUCCAAAUCUCGAAAAAGCCAACGCACGCGAGGAAAGUCGACGCCACUGGACCGCAACAUCUUCAAAGAGAACGGUGAACCUGUUUGGGUGGUCCCGGAUCGUAAGCCCGGCGAGCUGGUGAUGAAUGAGCAUGGAGAAAUGGUCAAGUAUCCUGAGUUGAUGGCUGCGUUAGAAGAAGAUGGAUUGGAGAUGGAAGAUGGUAAAGGAUGGUUUCAAAAGAUGUCCUCGUAUUUGAUGGGAGAGUUGGAUCAAGGAAGAAUCGACAAUAAGGCAGCAUCGAAGGAUAUCAACCCAUUUGCAUCGAUGGAAACUUUGGAAGAAAGGACGGAUUUGUAUUUUAGCAGGGAGACCGUUAUCUACAAUACGACUGACUCGAUCUUCAAUUUGUGCCACAAUGCAAUUGAACGUUUCUCCCAACAAAACAACGAGGAUACAAUCCGCAAAAGUGUCCCACCAUCGAGAGAACCGGGGUCAAAGAUGAUGACCGUGUCAAAGGAUGAGGAAGAGAAGACUGCCAUUGUUACUUCGAUACGUUUCGAUGCUCGAGCAUACAGGAUCAGUUAUGAUCGUCGUCGUCCAGUUCACUCAAUUCAGAAGUUUCGCAAAAAGUACCAAAAGCAGUUGAAAAAGUCUCAGGAAGAGAAGAAGGACGACACGAAAACGGCUAAGAAUGAAGGCGAUUGAAGGCGAGCGAUGGAGAUGAUUUUGUUUAAAGAAAGAUUAUGAAAUUGAACAUAAUUCACUGUUUCUCUAUGUGAUUUGUAUAAAAAUUCCAUUUGGUUUAAUAAAGUGAUUUCUGGAGUA